UGCUUCAGUUACAUACCCGCCGCGGACCUAUUUUUAUGUUUAAUUUAUUUCUCGUUUGUUUUUUCAUUAUUUUUUUAAACGUGCGCUGUAUAAGGGCUAAUAGACAACAGUUUUUUUAAAGAAUUGAAACUUAUUGAAAAUGCUGGUUUAUCUGCUGCUCUUUUUAGUAAACGGAAUGGUGGAGGCUUCUUUGGUGUCAGAGAUUGUAGUUGGCUGCACUUACAUGGCCGGAGUUUCCUUAGACCCCAUCUCGCUGGCGAAGAAACUGGCCAGGGACGCGAAAGACUUUGAGAAGUGCCCUGACAAGUCCAAACUGCCUCAAAAGGUCUUCACCUGGGAAGAAGUGAGACAGUUUGACGGCGAGCAAGGGCGUCCCAUGUACCUCGUCAUUGACAACAAAGUUUAUGACUUCACAACUUUUGCUGAUUUGCACCCAGCAGGCCCGGCGCCGCUAAAGCGACACGCGGGCAACGACGCGACCGCAGCGAUUCGCGCAGCGCGCAUACCCAGUUUCGCCAUUGAUGUACUCCUAAACCGAUUCAAAGUGGGCAGUAUUGAUAAAUCACAGAAUGCUAAACUCGAGAUGCCCACCAUUCUGUGAUACUGACACACUCGUCGCAAAAGCAGAUUAUCGGAGGCAAUUCCUGAAACUCAAGAAUACCUAAACCUAAGUACGUUAACAAGAAAAACAACGUUAUGGACCUACGCAGUCUGAAAUAAAUAUUGAUUAAUAAAUACAAUUUAU